AUGCCACCAAAGGGUUGGAGAAAAAACGCAGAGGGAAAGUUCCCUCAAAAUCCCAAAGACCUCGAGCUCGUCUCCAUCGAUGAGAUCUUGUUCCCUAAAUCCACAAUCUCCAAACUAGCGAAGAUCAUCACUACCAGCGACAAUGACUCGUCCAUGAUUGUGUCCAAGGACUCUUUGCUUGCGUUGCAAAGAUCAGCAACGGUUUUUGUGUCACAUUUGAUGUUCCAUGCUCGCCAGGUGGCCAAGGAUGCUGAUCGCAAGAACGUCAGUGCUCAGGACAUUCUCCAAGGACUAGAAAGAGCUGAUCUUUCUGGGUUUAUUCCUGAAGUAAAGCAGAAAUUAGCCUCGUAUGAGAGCAGCGUGGAGAUUAAGAAAAAGCAAAAGGCUGAACAGAAGCUGGAGAAGGCUGAUGAUGCCGCUGAUGGCCCUGCUGCUAAGAAGUUGAAGGAUAACGACCAACAGCUGGUGAUUCCAGAAAAUGCAGACGACGAGGAACAAACGGAGGAGACAGACGAUGAGGUUGAUGAAAAGGAGGACUUGGAAGAUGUACAAGAUGAUGAUGGUGAUGAUGGCACUCCUGCUGCCAAUCCAAUCGCUCUAUUGGGACAGGAAGAAGAAGAGCUUGAGGGUGACAAGGAGGAUACCGUUGGAGUUGAAGAGUCCAGUGACGAAGACUAA